AUGAAAAUCACCACAGAGCAGCUCUUCAUAUUGGGUGUUCUUUUGAGAAUUGGCUUCUUCUUGUUUGGCCUCUUCCAAGACAAGUACAUGGCCGUGAGGUACACAGACAUUGACUAUGUCGUGUUUUCAGACGCUGCUAAGUAUGUGGCAGAUGACAAGUCGCCCUAUCAACGAGAGACCUAUAGAUAUACGCCAAUGCUUGCAUGGAUUCUUCUUCCAGUGACGUUCGGUGGAAAUUGGGUUCAUUAUGGCAAAGCUCUCUUCAUGUUGUGUGACAUUAUUACAGGUGCCCUUAUCACAGAGAUCGUCAAGAAAGAGACUCCAGGUUCAAGCACAAAAGACACUUUCUUCCAGAGAAACAAAACCACGAUUCUCUCAGCCAUUUGGCUUCUCAAUCCCAUGGUCAUCACAAUCAGUACUAGAGGAUCGUCUGAGAGCGUCCUUUCCUGUUUUAUUAUGCUCGCCGUUGCCAAUUUGUUCAGAGACCAGUAUAUCAUGUCUGCCCUUUUCCUAGGAUUGUCUAUUCACUUCAAGAUAUACCCAAUCAUAUACUUGCCAUCAAUAAUGUUGUUUCUCGCUUCGAAAAAACCCCUGUUGAUCAAAGCAUGGCAGAACAUUCCUUUCCUCGGGUGGGUCAAUACCGCCAACUUGUCGUAUCUUGUUGCAACAUUGGUAUCGUUUGCCGUCCCAACGUACCUCAUGUACGAUUUUUAUGGUUAUGAGUUCCUCUACCACUCAUACCUUUAUCACUUGACCCGGUUGGAUCACAGGCACAACUUCUCAUUAUACAACUUGGCCCUCUACCUCAAGUCUGCUCAAGAUUAUUUGCCUCAAAACCUCGACUCAGAGAACUUCCUCACUAUUGCUCUUCAAAGCAUCGAAAAAGCAGCUUUUGCUCCCCAGAUCGUCCUUUCAGGGUUGGUUAUUCCACUCGUUUUGGCCAGGAGAAACCUUACUGCAUGUUUGUUCAUCCAAACCCUUACAUUUGUCACUUUCAACAAAGUCAUGACAUCGCAGUACUUUAUCUGGUUCCUUAUCUUCUUACCAAGCUAUUUGGCUACCUCCCAAUUACUUUCGAAGCUGAAUGCAAGAAAGGGAAGUCUCAUGCUCCUUCUUUGGAUUGCAUCUCAAGCAUCAAUGUCUCGCAUGGAAUUAUAUUCUCCCGAAGGGCUUCGGAUUGACGGAAGAAGAUGGAACGAAUUGCGCCGUUUCGAGUGUCAGAUAAACACGCAUCCACACUCCUCUGAUGGAUCAUCAUACGUCGAGCACGGCAACACCAAAGUCAUGUGUAUUGUUAAAGGUCCAAUGGAGCCACGUACGAGGGCCCAGCAAGACCAAGACAAUGCCACGCUAGAUAUCAACAUCAAUGUUGCCAGUUUCUCAACGUUGGAGAGAAAGAAGAGAAGCAAGAACGAAAAGCGCCUUAUUGAGCUCAAGACCACCCUUGAAAGAACCUUUGAGAAGAGUGUUCUAACGCAUUUAUACCCCAAAACACUCAUAGAAAUCAGUGUUCAGGUUCUCGCACAGGAUGGUGGCAUGUUGGCGACCAUUACUAACGCCAUCACAUUGGCACUUAUAGAUGCUGGUAUUUCCAUCUACGACUACGUUUCUGCCGUCACUGUUGGCCUCCAUGACCAAACCCCCCUUCUAGACCUCAAUACAUUGGAAGAAGGAGAUGUCAGCAAUUUGACUGUUGGUGUUGUGGGAAAGAGUGAAAAGUUGGCCAUGUUGCUCUUGGAAGAUAAGAUGCCAUUGGAUCAUUUGGAGUCUGUGCUAGGCAUAGCCAUUGCCGGUAGUCACAAGGUCAGGGAGUUGCUUGAUGAAGAGCAAAGCUACAAGGUUAAGUUCAAGGUGUGA